CCAUCAUCGACAGAUCUGUCAUUCGCAAGGACAAUCUAUCCAACCAACAUAAUCACCAACAUAUUUAAUACAACAUCAUCAUCGUCAUCGCCAUCGAGACGACAACGACACUCCAUUUUCGACCAAGCCUCAACCCCCAUCGCUGUGGUCCUUGUCUGAUUUCCAUCUCAACCCCUUUCUCUCGAAGCCGACAACUACCAUCAACGAAUCCAUCAUGCGCCCCACCUCAAGCAUCCUCCAGGUGGCUGUCUGCCUUACUUCUCUUGCGCCUUUGGCCUCAGCAUGGCCCAGUUGGUUUCCCAACGCCGACUCUGUCGUAGUCCGACGAGUCGCCCCAGAAGAUCUGCCUCUGGAAACACCGGUUCUUAAGCCUCGUCAGGAUACCACGACCGAAGAGGAAACUACAGGCACUAAGAAAAGCCCAAAGCAGACCAACUUGAACACAGCCAAAGUCGAAACUGGAACAGAGACAGGCACUGCUACCGAGGAUUCCACAAAGACAGCAAAGGAGACUGGGAAUAAGAAGUCGGGCACCAAGACUGGGACUUCUGCUCCUAAACGCACAACCUUUUCUGCUGAUGUGCAACCCGGUGGUUUGAGCAUGACGCUGCCCGAUACUAUGUAUGUCCCUACGCCACUUAUUAAGAUUGGUGACUAUGCCACCUUUGGCUGGAACUACACCUCGCUCGAGGGCACUCCUACUGCGAUCGACGUGCUUGUCAGUCAGUCCUCCGCCGGCGAAACCUACACUCUUACCGCCAACAUGACUUUCGAGACGAACCCGACCUACGUUUGGGAUACUAGCAAGCAGGCCAACGACCCCGAUGCUCCUCUCCCCGUUGGCAUGUACACUCUCAUCAUCAUGGAUUCCGACUCUGAAAUUACCGAUGUUCCUUCCCCCGGUUACUUGGCGGUACAGAAGACUUUCCAGUUCGGCAUGUACACCCCCGCGGCCUACACACCCUACCCCCAGUGGAACUGUGAUAUCUGCGACAAAUAAUCUCAGACCAUCACUUGUUCUUGCACUCGUUCUUUGGGAGUUAAAUCUUGGGAGGUGUUUACGGUUCGGCGAGCAUCAGAUGGAGAAAAUUUGCUUAUUGUCCUUGGUCCUUUGGAUGCGUCACACGCUCAGUGAGGGCGUUGGUAGAUAUGUCUUUCUGGCAAAGUUAAUCUGGGGGAAGCACAUUUUUGGAUACUUAUGACAUGGUGGUUGAAAUUGAGCAGAGAUCACUUAAUGAUUUUAUCUAUUAUAUAUAUCUUAAUCUCGUCAGUUCUUGGUAACUGACAGCA